UGAGGGGGCGGGGCGCGUGAUGGGUGGCUCCUGUGUGUUGUGAUCAGCCCACGCGGCAACCCUUUCCCCGCUGCUCACGAGGUGGGUUGCCUCUGGUCUGGUCUUGGCUCAGAACUGGCGCUCAAUCCCGAAUAUAACACUGUCCAAACCUUCUCCUUGGCCGUGUGUACCAGGUAAACGGAAGGGCGUGUCCGUGUGUCUCUGGCGCCAUGGAGGGUUUGGUGACAAUGGGUGACGCAGGAGUAGCAGCAGCGGAGAGGGGCGCCACAUGUGAGCGAAACAUUACGUAAAGUAUCGGCGAGAGUUGGCCUCAGCGUGCGGGAGCCUCCGCGUGUACCUGUCUCCGGAGUCAGUGGUGGACAGAAGGUGGUGGAGUUGACAUCGGGAGUCGUCUGUCUGUGCCGUCCGCGAGUGUUAGAUAAAUAUACUUUAUUGGUGAAAACUUUUGAACAGUAUACGUUGUUGUUGAGUGGUGUGUGGCUAGACCAAGCAAUAAUGGUCCCGCAGGCUCCGUGGCCUGGACUGGCUGCCAGUCGUGGCGAGAGUGCUACAGCCCACUGAGGACCACCGCUGAUUGCCUAAUUCUUCCUUGCAAUGUCGGACUACAUCAUCGAGGGCCUGCCAUGGGGCGGGGGGCACCCCCUUCCCCCUCCCGUGGCUCUCGUACCCGUUCAAGAGUCUUCCACUGCGUCUUGGCGCCUGCCUCGGGGCGCGCGCGUGGUGCCACGACCCUCAUUCAGGAACAUGCACAGCGCCACCCUGGCGUGCCGCACCGUCACGGGUGUGCCGCGCCGCCGCCGGCCCGGCGUGGCUGCGGCGUGGGGCACGGUAGACCCUAUGCUCCCCAUCGGGCCAGUGAAGGGCGCCGAGCUGGGGCAAGAGCCGCCCCUCGUCACGUUGCACGUCAACAACCAGAGCUGUGCUGCCUCGGGUUCUGAAGCGUUCUUCAACCUGCUGCAACACGGCGGCCGUCGGGGCACCGCCAUAUCCCGCUCCUCCUCGUGCGUGUCGGCCCUCAGCCGCGGCUCCUACAACCUGCACGGCCUCAGCCCUCACGUCCCGCCCGUGCUGCCCGGCACGCACUCCCUGGCCAGGCGCACCAGCAAGGUUCAGCCCGGGCGGCGCCUGGGACGAAGUUUCAGCGCUGCCCCUGCCGACGGGCCGUGCCCCGGGCUGGCUGGGCCUCGCGUGGCAGGGCGUCGGACGCUGAGGCAGCCAUUUUUCCCCGUGGUUCCGGAGCAGCGUCACUACCACCAGAAUCUUGUGUCACAUCAUCCCGCGACGCUGCACAAGCCCUUCACCCUCAUGGAAGGAAAUGAAACACCGGACAGUGAUAAGAGUACCUUGCCGCGCCCACCGACGCCGCCACCCCUGCCACCGCGCAUCUUGUCCCCGCCGCUGGGGCCGCGGGGAUGGCCGCCCCCCGAUACGGACUCCUGUGCGUGCCAGCCGUGCGGCCUCGGUGCACUUGUUACGCGUGCCUACAAAUCUGUAUUCCGGGCAGCCUCCAACUGUAAGUAUACCUUGUGUUUCCCCUUUGGUAACAAGCGUCACUGGGACUUGAAAGUACGGGACGUGACUUUGGGCUUAACAAAACAAAACCGUCCCCGCUGCCUCAGCACACCGCCGCAGUUGUCUGUCAGCCAGUUACGGACGGGUGUGGCACUAUUGUUCUUGUCCUUGCCCCUUUGUUCUUAUGUUGUACACCUACGUUUUAUUGUAGUUUUUCGAACAUCACAAUCACAUAUAAUUUCCUGGCGACCAUAUCGAAUAUCUUGCAGAAAGAGAAAGUGUACGUAGCAUUGCUCUUAUGAAUUAGGAAUGACGGUAGAGGGUGAAGGUCUGGAUUGUGAAGGGAAAAUCUUAGCCGUUUAAGGUUGUUAGGCACUCGUCAGGGUGCUGUAAGGAGCCAUCCCCGGUAGCACGUGUGUCGCUGUCUGCCUCACGCCGUGCAUCAUCCACGCAGCGCCGGCCCGUGCACGGCUGUCACCCGGAAGGUAUUACUGUACGGGGACACUCGUGCUGCUGAAACCGUGGUCAUAUUUUUUCCAGUUUCACGUCCGGCAGUAGUAGAAUUUUAUAGCCUCGAAACUUUGAGAGCCUCGCAGAAUAUUAAUGCGAUAACAACCCGGGGAGGCACGCAGAGGGGGGA